GCCAAUUUGACACCAUGUCGUUUAGAAAACACUUCAAAUUCAACAAUUUUGAUUUCUCCAAAUUUAAACCCAAAUUAUGUACACAACAGCGGCACGUAAGCACCAGUUACGAUUUUGUAGUGAUCGGCGGCAGUUCCGGUGGCUUGGCUGCAGCCAAAGAGGCCAGUUCUCUGGGAGCGAAAGUUGCUCUAGUCGAUUCGCCGCGAUUCGAAAGCAAACACUUAAAAUGGGGCAUAAACGGAAGUUUUAUUAAAGGAGUUUCCAUUCCAAAAAAGCUAAUGCAUCAUGCUGCCUUAUUCAAAGAUGCUAUUCACGACGCCAAGUGGUACGGAUGGCAAAUGGAUGGGCCUGUGAAUCACAACUGGCUGGAGUUAAGACACGCUAUCGAAAAUUACAUUAAAUUAUUAAACAAAGAUAAUGAGGCUAAGUUAUCCGAUAUAAACGUAGAGUAUAUUAACGCAACCGCAUCAUUCAAAGACAGCACAACAAUUCAAGCUACGACUGAGCUGGGUGAUUUUAAUCUAAAGGCCAAAUAUUUUCUCAUAUCUGUCGGAAGCAGAGCUCAAUAUCCUGACGUAUACAACGCUACAGAAUACGGAAUAACUUGUGACGACAUCUUUAAUCUUGAGAAGCCUCCUGGAAACACCAUGAUUAUCGGCGCCGGUCAUUCCGGAUUGGAAAGUGCAGGAUUCCUUAACGGUUUGGGAUAUAAAACAACCGUCAUGGUACGAUCUAUUCCACUAAGAGGUUUUGAUCAACAGAUGGCUGGAAUUGUAGUCAACGAAAUGCAAAGUAAAGGAGUGGUGUUUCUGGAUAGGUGCAUACCAAAGUCCAUUAAAAAAUCAACUUCUGGAAAGUUAUUUGUAUCCUGGACCAAUAUUGCUAAUGAAUCGUUUAAAGAAGAAUUCGAUACUGUAGUUUUUGCUGUGGGUCGACGAGCUUUAACAAAAGAACUUAAGGUGGAGAAGGCUGGAGUUAGAGUGACUGGAGAUGAAGGAAGAAUACAAACUUUUAAUGAACAAACUAAUGUCCCUCAUAUUUAUGCCAUAGGGGAUGUUUUAUACAAUAAACCAUCACAAACUCCAGUAUCUGUUUAUUCGGGAAAAUUGCUAUCCAGAAGAUUGUUUGGUAAUAGUACCCUAACAAUGGAUUAUGAUAACGUACCCACAACCAUUUUUACCCCUUUAGAAUACGGAUUCAUCGGAUCAACGGAAGAAGAGGCUAUGAAUCUCUACGGAGAAAAUAACAUUGAAGUUUAUCACUCCUAUUAUAAACCUACAGAAUUUUUUAUUCCGCAAAGACCUAUAAACAACUGUUAUUUGAAAGUAAUUUCGUUGCGAGAAGGAGACCAGAAAGUUUUAGGGAUGCAUUAUAUAGGAACACAUUCAGAGACGAUCUUGAAGGGAUUUUCAACUGCUAUGAAAUGUAAUUUAACGGUGAAGGCUUUGAUGAACACUGUGGGCAUUCAUCCAACUAUUGCCGAGGAAUUUACUAGAAUAAAUGUCACGAAAAGAUCAGGAAAAAAUCCCAAACCAGCCUCUUGUUGCAGCUAAUAUUUUGUAUGUGUCUAUUGUCAGUUUUAUGAAUAUAUUAUUUUUGGAAAAUUAAUUUUG